ACAUAUCUACGGACAUAAAUGACAUACAUAUAUGUGCACACACACAUAUGUAGAUAGUUGUAAUUAUAAUUAGCCAUUUUACGACGAAAACAAACUAUUAAAUAAUACGACAAAAAAAUCAAAGUUAAUUUGCCAAAUAUUGUCUACAACGAAUAAUAAUAAUACUACGCAAACGUCUUUUAUACGAACACGGAAACGCAACAACAUUGAAAACAAUAAACGGAAGGUGAAGUAAAACAAAGUGCCAAAAAAAAAAAACAAACGUCCAAUAUUAAAUGCUUUAAGUAACCUCCAAAAGAGAGAGAGAGCGCGCGUUAAGAGAGCGACUACGAUUUAGCAAGUGCUGCAUCAAGCAAUAUGGGAAACGCGGGCAGCUCGACUGUGCAUAUGCAUCGAGAGCGUCACAAGUCGACCGACCUCUCAACGCCGAGUUCUCCCGCACAUUUUCGCGACUCGGUACUGGCAAGUGGCGGCGGUGUGGCCGGAGGGGGCAACGGGGCCGGGGGAAGCGCGGGCGCAGCAGCAGCAGCUUUGGGCGGUAUUGGAGCAGGCGGCGGGCAAGCAUUCUCGUUCGAUAAAAAACAUACGGCAGUCUUAACCGAGGGUUCGUCGCAAGAAGACGAAGACCCGUAUUAUACGAGAGCAGCAGCUGGCGCUAAGCGCACAUCAGAUAACGAUACAAUAACAACAGCAGCAACAGCUGAGCGAGACAACAACAAUUUACUAAUGGACGAAAACAACGACGACGAACUGGCGCAGGCAACAGGAUCACUUGGUCUAGGCGACCCUGAUGCUGAGCCAAAGAAAACAGCGCUGCCGACAGUUUUGCGUUGGGAUUACGGUGGCAAAAAUGUCACCAUAUCGGGCACAUUCUCCAAGUGGAAACCCAUACCGAUGGUACGCAGUCACGGCAAUUUUGUGACCAUCAUUGACUUGCCCGAGGGCGAUCACCAGUACAAGUUCUGUGUGGAUGGCGAAUGGAAGCACGAUCCCAAAUUGAAAAGUGUGGAGAACGACGAGGGCGAUAAGAACAAUUUGGUGUCGGUGCGUGCCUCUGAUUUUGAGGUAUUCCAAGCCCUGGCCAAGGACAGCGAGAACGUGCCCAACUAUGCGGAAAGAGAGUACUCACAGGAGGUGCCGCAGGUCAAGCCUUGGGAGAAGGUAUCGGGUCCGCCUGUGCUGCCGCCACAUCUGCUUCAGGUUAUACUCAACAAAGACACUCCGCUAUCGUGCGAGCCAACUUUGUUGCCCGAACCCAACCAUGUCAUGUUGAACCACUUGUAUGCGCUCUCCAUCAAAGACGGCGUCAUGGUGCUCAGUGCCACACAUCGUUAUCGCAAGAAAUACGUAACCACGCUGCUCUACAAGCCCAUUUAGGCAGAUUCAACCCAAAUAACUCUCUUUUUUAUAUACAUAUACAUAUAUACUAUAUAGUACAUAAUACGUACGUGUCUUAGCUGUAAAUGGUUUUUUUCAAGUCGCUCGCUCUUUGUUUUGGUUUUUACAAUUUGGAGAUAGCGGAAUACGCGCAUACACUUUGUUCAAAACUGAGAGUACUAUCGUUAAGCGUUGUAUUUUUUUAUUAUUAUUAUUAUUAAUUAAAUAUAUAUAUAUUGAAUUUUAAAAAAAUA